AUGGGUACCGUGCUAUCGCUUUCUCCCAGCUACCGCAAGGCUGCUCUGUUCGAGGAUGGUCCAGCUACUGUGGGCCAUUACACAGCCGUUCAGAACAGCAAGAAUGCCAAGGAUGUGGCAGCAGCAGCCAAGUCCCUGAAACGACCCUCCAUUAUUAAUGCUUUGCCAUGGAAACGUAUAGUGGCAGUGUCGGCAAAAAGGAAGGGAUCCAGAAAGCUUCAAUCAGAGGGAGGAGAUGGUGGCAAGGGGAGCUCACCAGAUGGCCAUGGAGCCACCACAACUAUCUCAGCUUCCAGCAGCUUGAAGCUGAAAAAGUCUCAGUCCUGUGCUAACCUCUCAUCUUUUCCAUCCAGCCAUGACCCCUCAACUACCAAUACCACUACCUCCUCUCAAAUGCCCACCUCCAAGACCCUGACAAACGUAGCUACUGUCAUGGCCAAAAAGAAUUCCCUGUCAGGUCAUGGAAUCCAGCCUCCCACUUCCACUGGCACUCCAAAACGUGUCAUUGUCCAGGCCUCUACCAGUGAAUUAAUGCGAAGCCUGGGGGAGUUCCUGUGUCGCCGUUGUUACAGACUGAAGCGUCUGUCCCCAACUGAUCCAGUGCUGUGGCUGCGCAGUGUGGACCGCUCCCUCCUCUUGCAAGGCUGGCAGGAUCAGGGCUUCAUUACCCCAGCCAACGUGGUCUUCCUCUAUAUGCUUUGCCGAGAUGUGGUCUCGGCCGAGGUGGCCUCAGAGCGCGAGCUGCAAGCCUCACUUCUCACCUGUCUCUACCUGUCCUACUCUUACAUGGGCAAUGAGAUCUCCUACCCACUGAAGCCCUUCCUGGUUGAAGCAGAGAAGGAAGCCUUCUGGGACCGCUGCCUGGAGAUCAUCAACUGUAUGAGUGGCAAGAUGCUUCAGAUCAACACCGACCCACACUUCUUUACCCAGGUGUUUGCAGACCUGAAGAAUGAGAGCAAGAAAGAAGAGGAGAAGACCAAACUCCUCAUAGGCCUUGAUCGAUAA